ACAAGUCCCCUGUUCCUUCAUUCCUGUGCCCAGUUCUGUGAAAGGUGCACAGUUGUGCUCAGAGAUCUGUGAAAGGUGGACGGCUGAGCUCAGAGAUCUGUGAGAGGUGGACGGCUGAGCUGUGAUCUGUGAGGUAGAUGGUUGAGCUCAGAGGAGAAGGAGCAGACGAUUGAAGUUGGCACUAGGAGGAUGGCUGGCAGUGUGGGCGUGGCAGUGGUGGUGGGCGUGGCAGUGGUGGUGGGCGUGGUACUGAUGAGCCAGGCCACGCCCACACGCGCCUUCAACCUGGACACUGGCGCCAGUUACCUUCUGUGGGAGCCAAGUUUACCAUACCAGGAGCGGGAGACAUAUUUUGGUUACACCGUGGCUCUUUAUGCAGCUGGGAGCCAGGCCUGGGCACUGGUGGGGGCUCCCAGGGCCAACAAUACCCUGGGCAUAUAUAGACCCACAGACAUACCGGAGCCUGGAAGCCUGUAUGCCUGCCCUCUCCAGGGUAGAGAGGCCCUCAAGUGUGCCCAGAUACAAGUCGACCCCACAG